GUCGCGGCGCAGGCGCGGUGGGCGCGGCGGGCACCGGGGCUGGCCGGGCUCUUUUGUUCGAGGGAGGCGGACGGAGAAGGGCCAGGCCCGCUGUGCCGCUGGACCCGCCCCAGCCGCCUGCCCCCGCGUCCUGCAGGCCCCUUCCCCUCGGUGAACCGUUGGCGGGGCUGUGUAAGCAGCGUCGCCCCUCAGCUGAAAAACUGGCCAGCACAAUGGGAAAAAAGCAGAACAAGAAGAAAGUGGAAGAGGUCUUAGAGGAAGAGGAGGAGGAAUAUGUGGUGGAGAAGGUCCUGGAUCGACGAGUGGUGAAGGGCAAGGUGGAAUACCUGCUGAAGUGGAAAGGCUUCUCAGAUGAAGACAACACAUGGGAGCCAGAGGAGAACCUGGACUGCCCAGACCUCAUCGCCGAGUUCCUGCAGUCCCAGAAGACUGCCCACGAGAGCGAGAAGUCGGAGGGCAGCAAGCGCAAAGCGGAGUCUGACUCGGAGGACAAAGGGGAGGAGAGCAAACCAAAGAAGAAGAAGGAAGAGUCGGAGAAACCGCGAGGCUUCGCCCGAGGCUUUGAGCCAGAGAGAAUCAUUGGUGCCACGGACUCCAGCGGGGAGCUGAUGUUCCUGAUGAAGUGGAAGAACUCCGACGAGGCCGACCUGGUGCCCGCCAAGGAAGCCAACAUCAAGUGCCCGCAGGUGGUGAUCUCGUUCUAUGAGGAGAGGUUGACAUGGCAUUCCUACCCCUCAGAGGACGAUGACAAGAAAGAGGACAAGAACUAACCCCUGGCGCCCCCGCUCUGGCCAGCCUUUGUAUAAAGAUCUGAACUGUGGGUUUGAGCAAAGAGGGAAAGAGAGAGAGAGAGAGAGAGAGAGAAGGCAGCUCCUCUGCUCGCUUGGGAGCAGAGAGAUGGCUGCAGAAGAUGCCCUUUGAAGAGACCCAGUAUGGUUUCUGUGCCCUGCAGCUGCUCAACUGCUUUCUGCAGCUUCAUGCUGUGUGCAGAUUCAAACCAGCCCGGCUCAAUUUGGGAGGGGGGAGGGGGGGAAGGGAAGGGUUAGGGGAUGGAAAUUGCAAAGCUUGGGAGGGGGUGGGGAGGGUGUUUGUUUCAAGGCUGCUGAUUUUUGCAGCUUGUGGGAGGGAGAGGAAGCAAAAACCCCUUCCAUGAAGGACUAUCAGUUUGGGGAUGGGUGGGCUGGGGAUGAGGGAGUGCAGAUGGAUACUGCUUGUUCUUCAAAGACCAUCUCAGCAACCCACAGCCUUCUUCCCAAUAGUGUUAACUGCAUUUUUACAGCGUA